AUGUCGGAUAAAUAUAUUAAACUUGAAAAGAUUGGAGAAGGAACAUUUGGUGUGGUUUAUAGAGGAAUGGAAAGAAAAUCAGGUCUUGUUGUUGCAUUGAAAAAGUUAAGGUUAGAAACUCAUUGUCACGAUGGAAUACCAUGCACAACUGUUAGGGAAAUUUCAAUAUUAACACAAGCAAAUAAUAAAAAUAUUGUAAAAUUAUUGGACACAAUUUAUUCUGAUAAAAAUUUAUAUUUAGUAUUUGAAUAUCUUGAAACUGAUCUAAGGAAGUAUCUUGAUAACGCUGGUCAGCAUGGUUUAACAAUAUUUAAUGUUAAGAAAUUCAUGUGGCAAUUAAUGAGUGGUGUUUACUAUUGUCAUUCUCAUCGUAUUCUUCACCGUGACUUAAAGCCACAAAAUUUACUUAUUGACUCAGAAGGAAAUUUAAAAUUGGCUGAUUUUGGGUUAGCAAGAGCAUGUAGUGUUCCAAUGAGAGCUUAUACACGCGAGGUUGUCACAUUAUGGUACCGUUCACCAGAAUUAUUACUCGGAUGUCCACAAUAUUCAACUGGUGUUGAUAUUUGGAGCGUGGGUUGUAUAUUUGCUGAAAUUCUUUCAAGCCGUGCUUUAUUUAAAGGCGAUAGCGAAAUAGAUCAACUUUAUAAAAUAUUUAGUACACUUGGUACACCAAAUGAAAAUAUAUGGCCUGGAGUUUCUCAAUUACCAAAUUUCAAAGUACGAUUUCCAAAUUGGUUACCAAAAUCACUAUAUUUAUUUGUUCCAAAUUUGGAUAUUAAUGGACUCAACUUCUUACAGAAUAUGUUAACUUAUGAACCUAGUCAAAGAAUUUCUGCAAAAAAAGCAUUGCAUCAUCCUUAUUUUGAUGAUUAUAAACAAAAAUAUUAUCGUGAUGCAUUUACGAGAUCUAAUAACCUAAGACCUUCAUCAAAUAUUAAUCCUACCUUUGAUUCUUAUAAUAAUAAUUAUGAAAAUAUUGGGUUAAUAGAAAGCUCAGAACAUGUAAUAGAGCUUUCCAUUUUACCACCAAAAUGGGUAGAUAUAGUGGAGGAAGUGGAUGAAUUAGUUAAUCAAAUAAAAAAGCUUAUUCCACAAUUGGAGGAGCUCCAUAAAAGACAUAUACUCCCAGGAUUUGAUGAUAGAACUGAAGAGGAAAAAGAGAUGGAACAAUUAACAGAUGAAAUAACUAAACUUUUCCAAGAAUGUCAAAGAAAAGUGAAACAAAUUGAUAAUGCAUCAACAAGAUCAAAUCAAGAACAAACUCUGAGCAAAAAUAUUCAAACUUCAUUAGCAUUAAAAAUACAAAAUGUAUCAUUAGAUUUUAGGAAGAUGCAAACAGCUUAUCUGAAAAAACUCAAAUUAAGAGGAAAUCGUAACCCUGGAUUAUUUGCAACAGAAAAUAUAGAUUUAAUUGAAGAAAAUUGGGAAUUGGGAUUUUCUGAUCAACAACUUGAACUUAUUGAAUCUUCAGAGGCAAUUAUUUCACAAAGAGAACAUGAAAUAAAUGAAAUAUCAAAGUCAAUAAAUUCAUUGGUAACAAUCUUUAAAAAUAUGCAAUCCCUUGUGAUUGAUCAAGGAACAUUAUUGGAUCGAAUUGAUUAUAAUGUUGAACAAAUGAGUGUUAAUGUCAGAUCAGCAGCUAAAGUUUUAGAACAAGGUGCAGGCUAUCAAAAAAAAUCAAGAAAUCGAAAAAUUAUUAUAUUGUUGUUGUUACUUAUUUUGGGAUUAGCUAUAGUUCUUAUCUUUAAACCACGUAAACAUAAAUAA